AGGAUGUUUUAACUCACUCUUGUGUGCCCAGUCUUGCACUGUCAGUAUUUCUCGACACUUUGAGCACACAAAACUGUCAGUUUUCGCGACAAUUGUCAGAUUUCGUUUUCAGUUCUGUCAAUUUCAAGCGCUACUAGCUCUACUACUAGUAGUCUACUUCAGCUCACAUUAAAGGGAGUUUUCGUCGUGCGUGUAGCGCCCUUCAAGUUUAACUUGGACGGAUAGGAUUUAUAAAACUUCUGAUUAUAAUAUUUAUACUAUAUUGUAUUUUGUAUUUAUGUAUUUUAGUAAAUGGUCAUUAGAACCACCGGCACCGUCCGGGCCCAAACAAACAAUUCCUUCAUAUCAAGGAACCAGGGUGUGGACUGGCUACACCUGGUUAAAGCACUUCCAUCAAAUUACAUUUCUAACCGAAAUAGAGACUUUAGCUAAAUCGAAUUCAUUUUAGCCAGUUCAGUGAUUUAUUCAAACCUCAGCAAAUAAAACCAUCUGUUUAAUAAAUAAGAACAAUGGGAGAUCCAGUUUAACAGCAUGGUGCAAAAUAAAAUACUGAAGUGAAAAAACGGCAAACAGUGGGGAAAAACACUUUUGUGCGAACCAGUUUCGAAUCCGAACCAGAUUUUUUUGGCACAAUGCGUACUUUUGUGAUACUUUUACUUGGGAUAGCGCUAGCAUUAACAGAGGGAAGACGAGACGAUGUAAACGAGACACAAGAUGAAACAGAUCUGAUCAACGAAGAAGAAGAAGUAGAAGAAGGGUGUGCAUGCGAGGAUGGAGUGCAAGGUCUAGGGUGUUGUUCAUGUAAAGAUGAUGUUAAAUCCUGCGUGUUCUCUAGACUAGCAGGUCUGUGUACAGAUCCCGCGGUCUACAAACAAUGUGAGUUCUCCUGCUCUGACUGCUCCUGUGGAGACAAUGCCAGGAACUGCGCUGAGGAGCUGAAGGUGAGGUCCUGUUCUGACACCUGGAUGAGAACCCACUGCAAGCAAACUUGUGGGAGAUGUACAUGUAAAGAUAGAUACCCAGCUAGUUACUGCCAGCAGAUCACAGAGAGAAAUUAUGACUCCAGCUCCAGGCAUAACUGUUUCCGGUACGGAGAGAGGUGCGCGGCGAGCUGUGGUCACUGCACGUGCGAGGACACUGUGGCAGAUUGCCAAGUGAGGGCGGGGAGAGGCGAGUGUGUGAUCAAUAUGAGAUACAUGCUGAAGCACUGCAAGGCUUCUUGUAGCCAGUGUAAAGGUGCCUGUGUGGAUAAUCUUAGUGACUGUGCGGUGUGGGUCACUAGGAACCCCCACGCUUGUCACGCAAACCCUGACUUUAUGAACAUUCACUGUGCAGCGUCCUGUAAAAUAUGCACUCCUGAAGUUUUACCCACUGAGGUAGUACCCACAGAAGUAGAGCCUACAGAAGAAGUAGGGGAGUGUGUGGACCAAGAGGAUACUUGUGUUUUAGCAGCUCGCAUAGGAGACUGCCUGAAACCUGAAAUAAGGAAGAAGUGUCCGUUCUCCUGCCGACAAUGCGUGUGCGGAGACCUGGACCAGAGGUGUGAGGCCUGGUCUGAAGAAGGUAAGUGCUACACAGACGUCAAGAUGAUGAUGAUCAACUGCAAACAAACAUGUGAGUUCUGUCAAUGUCAGGACAAAGCAGAACACACUGUGAAGUGCCUGUUGCUGGCUGCUCAGGGUAAGUGUGCUGGCCACCCUGCCACCCUGGUCAACUGUCCUCUGUCGUGUAAUGUGUGUGAGUGUGGUGAUAACUCAGUGAACUGUGUCAUGGACGCUCUGGCAGGCAAGUGUCAGAGCAACCCUAGCUACAUGCUGACCCACUGCGCGGAGUCGUGUCACCAGUGUAACCUCUGUGGAGACAACCCACCUUUUGCAGGUAAGAUCUGUAGUACAGCCCUGCAGCGUGGAUACUGUGAAACUGAGCCGCUAUUCAGGAUACACUGUGCUAAAACGUGUGGAGUUUGCUUGGAGGAGAACGAUGGAGGAAGUAGUAGUGAGGAUGAGGGACCAGACCCUAAACCUGAUCCUGAUCCUAGUCCUUGGCGCAAUAUUUGAUUUGUCUUCAGAAUUUGUCAUAUGAAAAUUUCCGUGUCUGAAUGUUUUGUAAUAUGCGAGUA